AUGGCGAAAUACACGACAAUUAUCUGUAGAGUCAAAGGAGAGACUAUCCUAAGACUGAACCACGACUUCGAUGGUCACGACAACAAUGUCUUCUACUAUAACGACACCACCGAUGACCACAAGCACCCCAUCGACAAACACGCCACUCAUGACCACAACCGCCAUCACAAUGAAUAUGAGUUGAACUUAAAUCAUGUCAAACAAGAAGUGAUGAAUCCGUUUGAGGACCCGUUCAGUGAUUGUCAGCAAUUGCUCGACAGCUUCGAUAAGAACUACUCUUUAGUAUCAGAAACCAAACCGAAAGAUGAAAUGAAUGGAUCGGUUGGUGACAGUUAUCACAGAUAUCUUAAGAUCACAAAAUCCAAUGGCCGUCAAGUGUUUGCCUGCAAGUGGAGGAACUGUAGCUAUUCAGCACUCUGGAGGAAUGCCAUCGCAAACCAUAUCAGGAAUCACAUGAAAUACUUCCCAUUUGUCUGUGAAUUUGCCGGUUGUGACAAAAGUUUUGCCAUUUCUUCGAAUCUUAAUAAUCACCGAAAAGUACACUCCGGAAGACAUAAGACAUUGAAUGACACGAAACACGAAUUGAUGGAAAUGAAUGCAAUUCAAGACAAUUGCCGUCAAAAUGGAUCUCAAACUCAAAAACGGAAGACAAGUGGAAAUAUGAUGAGAAAUAGGGAUACUAUUUGUCCACAAAAAGAGUCAUUUGUUGAUAAAAGGGAUACAAACUAUGGGCUCAACAAAAGCAAAACCAAAACCAAAACCCAAAAGACGAGUCUUAAGAGUCUUAAGCGAAAUGAUAUUAAAGUGGAAACAACUGACGAGCGAUCGGCAGAAGGUGUGGCAAAACCAUCGUUUGUGGGCAUUAAAAGUGUUGAACAAUACUUCACAGUCAGUCAAAGAGACGGCAAGACUUGGAGGAAGUGUGUGUUCUGUGAUUAUGUCACCCCUUACCCCACUUCCAUCAUAUAUCAUAUGAGAAGCCAACACUUCGAUGACAAGAAUUNAUUACAUACUAUCCUAAGACUGAACCACGACUUCGAUGGUCACGACAACAAUGUCUUCUACUAUAACGACACCACCGAUGACCACAAGCACCCCAUCGACAAACACAUACAGUCGAUUACAGUGCUGUACAUAUGGUAUUAA